AUGGCGAGUAAAUUAUCUAUCCGCCGUGCACAGGUGCACGUGCCAAACACGUAUGCAUGGUGUGAAAGCACACAUGACGUGAACUGGUACUGUAAUGACUGUCCGGAGGCUUUAUGUGACCUCUGUUUUGAGGUUCAUCAACGCGCGAGAAAGACACGGAAUGAUGACUUUGUACCGAUAAGGAAGGCGAACAAACAAGACGAAAUAGUACUUCCAGAGAUAUGUAAGACACAUCGAGGUAAGACAUGUGACCUGUACUGUUGUGACUGUGACAUCGUAAUGUGUGCGAUAUGUUUUACUGAAAAACGUAAACAGCACACAUUCAAAACUAUUGAAGAGGAAAUUGAUUCGCAAAAACAGUAUAUGCAAGAUCAAUUAGAAGUACUCAAGUCCAAGUUAGAUCAUUUUAGUGAUAAUCUAUCAAAGCGUCAAAAAGUGAGCAAACCAUUCAAAGAGAGCGUGGAUGUCGUCCGACAAACUGUACAAACCCAGAGACUGAACCUGAAAGCAGAGAUUGAUUCCAUAGCUGACACAGUCUUGGUCGAGUUAUCGUCCUUUGUUGAAGUAGAAGAGCAAAAUUUUAAACAGGACUGUCAACCUCACGAAAAUAUAUAUAAUAUCAAAGAGAUAAAGAAACUGAUUGGAGGUAUAGAGCAAAACACAGAAAAGAUGUCUUGUACAUCCUUGUUUGAGCUGACGGGGAGACUGAGAACCACCAUACCGCUGUAUGAUGUUACUACAAAGAGCGUGUUACCUCAUCCACCUCACUUUGUCAAUGGAACAGUUGAACUACUGAUCACGUGUUGUGAUGCUUCAACACUGAUACACAAACUAUCCAAAGACAGACGAGUGACCAGGUUUACUGACAUCAGUCCGUUAAAAGCCUAUGGUAUCAGUGUCAGUGAUAACAGUGACGAGGUGUUCGUUACUUCUCACACUACAACAAUACAGGUACUGAACAUGUCCGGGGAGAGGAUCAGACAAAUAUCGUGUGGAGGUGAUGGGCUGAGUAUCGUAUGUUUGUCACCAGGAAGUAUAGCUGGUGUCAAUGGCGCGAAUAUUUAUCAUUGUAAAGCAAUGACUGUCUUCAACAAAUCUGAUCAGGUCAUACAUAAGUGGAGUGGGGAACUAGACAAUGGUCAGAAGUUAGAAAAGACGGGACAAUUUGAUAUUGCACGUGACAUAUAUGACAGAGUGUUUGUACCAGACUACUACACUAACCAGAUAUAUGUUCUCUCGUGGAAUGAAGGAGAGGCAAGUUGUCUCCUGGACGAGAAAUAUGGAGUAACAAAUCCAAGUGCUGUGUGUGUAGACAGUUGCGGACAUGUUUGA